AUGUCCUUCCCUACUCGUCCACUCGGCCGCAACGGUCCCCAGGUGACGGCCAUUGGCUGCGGCCUGAUGGGCCUGAGCCGGUUCUACGGCGCCGUCGGCACCGAGGAGGAACGACUCGCCUUUCUGGACCAUGUCUACGCGUCCGGCCAGCGCUUCUGGGACACGGCCGACAUGUACGGCGACAGCGAGGACCUACUCGGCACCUGGUUCCGGCGCAACCCGGGCGCACGUGAGACCAUCUUCUUGGCGACCAAGUUCGGCAACGUGGCCACGGGGGGCGUUCGCUCCGAUCCGGCCUACGUGCGUGAGGCCCUCGCCCGGAGUCUGGCUCGUCUAGGCGUAGACCACGUCGACCUCUACUAUGUGCACCGUGUCGACCAGGUGACGCCGAUCGAAGACACCAUCGACGUCAUGGUCGAGCUGAAGAAGGAAGGCAAGAUCCGUCAUCUCGGCCUGUCUGAAGUCACGGCCGACACCAUCCGACGCGCCCAGGCUGUCCACCCGAUCGCGGCUUUCCAGAUCGAGUACAGCCCGUUCGAGACGCUGAUUGAGAAGCCGGAGAGUGGUCUGCUGGCUGUCUGCCGCGAGCUGGGCAUCGCUGUCGUCGCCUACUCACCGCUUGGCCGCGGCCUCCUCACCGGCCGCUACCGCAGCACCGCCGACUUCCCCGCCGGCGACUUCCGCACGCUGGCUCCCCGGUUUGCCGACCCUGACAACCUCGCCCACAACCUUAAGCUGGUCGACGCCAUCGCCGCCGUCGCCAAGACCAAGGGCUGCACGCCCGGCCAGCUCACCCUCGCCUGGCUCUGCAGCCAGGGUCCCGACAUCUUUCCCAUUCCCGGCACGAAGAAGGAGGCCUACUUUGACGAGAACAUCGGCGCCAUGGCCGUCCACCUGACCGACGCCGAGGUGGCCCAGGUCCGCGCCGCCGUCGACGCGGCUGACAUUGCUGGCGAACGCUAUCCAGCCGCGACUACAAAGUGGCUGCUCGGCAGCACGCCGGCUAGGAAGUAG